AUGUCAAUUUUCUUUAAGGCUCCAUUAGACAUUGAGAUUAGAUUAGACAAUGAAGAUACACGCAAACACAUUGAUGUGAAGAGCCCGCAGGGGCGAGUAGAGAAAUUACCCGUCUACAAGGAUGGCGAAUCAGUUAAGGGAACUGUCACAUUACGAACCAAAGAGGGAAAGAAACUAGACCAUCUUGGUGUGAAAGUACAGUUAUUGGGUUCCAUUGAAACCAAUACCGAUAGUAUUGUUUCGUCGGAGUUUUUGACGCUAGCAACCGAGUUAGCUGCCCCUUCUCAAUUAACCCAUCCGGAAUCAUAUCCUUUUGAAUUUAAAAAUGUCGAGAAACAAUAUGAAAGUUAUCGUGGUAAGAAUGUUAGAUUAAGGUAUUUUAUCAAAGUUUCCGUGAUGAGAAAGUCAUCAGCCGACAUCACUAGGGAGAAGGAAUUGUGGGUUUUCCAUUAUACCACUCCCUUACCCAAACCAGCAUCUGCAAUAACCACCCAUUCUUCUAAAACCGAUGCUGCUACUAGUACUACUACUACAAGGGAGACAUCUAAUGGUAAUGGCGAACUGGUACAGGAGAACCGUCAAGAAGUAGUGCCAUCCAAUAAUAACAAGCCUGCUGCUAAGAAUGAACCACAUAGUGUGAAAAUGGAUGUGGGGAUAGAAGAUUGUUUACAUAUUGAGUUUGAGUAUUCCAAAUCAAGAUUUUCAUUAAAGGAUGUAAUCAUUGGAAAGAUCUACUUUUUAUUGGUCCGUUUGAAAAUCAAGCACAUGGAAUUGUCCUUGAUAAGAAGAGAAACAGUUGGGUCUGCACCAAACCAGGUGACUGAUAGUGAAACAGUGGUAAGAUUUGAGAUCAUGGAUGGUGCACCUGUUAAGGGCGAAACUAUUCCGAUCCGAUUAUUCUUAAAUGGGUUUGAUUUGGUGCCAACAUACAAGGACGUCAAUAAGAAAUUUUCUACAAGGACAUAUCUUUCCCUAGUUUUAAUUGAUGAAGAUGCAAGAAGAUACUUCAAACAGAGUGAAAUCAUUCUCUACAGAGAUCAAUAG